AUGAGCAUUCGAAAUAGUCUUGCUGCGGACAAAAAAGACGUUGCUAGGUUUGAAGAGCACGCAGUGGUUCAAUUUCAGCGUCCCAUACAAGAAGUUGUCCAAGAAAUGAGAGAUAUUUUCUCAUAUAUUGUGCGCCCUAACCAUCCUCCCUUCAUGUCAGCGAUUCCGUCUCCCUCGUCACCCAUCUCUUGGCUUGGCGAGAUUUUGACCUCUGCGUUCAAUUCCUGGCCUGCAGCAUGGUUUGCUGGCUCAGGAGUUGCGACUAUCGAGACGAAACUUAUUGCUUGGCUGGCUACUCAGAUCGGAAUGCCUACUUCAACCGGUGGAACAUUUAAGCUUGUGGAGAAUACGCGCUCUCUUGGCGUUGUGUAUUUUUCUGACCAGACUCAUUUUUCUGUACCAAAAGUCUUGCGGGUUCUAGGCUUUAGCAAUAGCCAAAUGAGGCAAUUGCCAGCGGAUUCGAAUUUCCGCCUCGAUAUGGAACAGCUCCGCAAAACGAUUAUUGCGGACAAGUCUAAAGGUCUCAUUCCUUUCUUGAUUGUGGCUAACGUUGGCUCGACAAACACGGGCUCCAUCGACCCUAUUAAUGAAAUUGCGGAUUUGGCAAAAGAGCAUAAUAUGUGGAUGCACGUAGAUGGCGCUUAUGGCGCAUCUGUUGCUCUAUCGAAAUCGUAUAGGUCGUUACUGAAUGGAAUCGAGCGCUGUGACAGUCUUGCAUGGGAUGCCCACAAGUGGCUUUUCAAAACAUUUGGAUGUGGCAUUGUACUCGUACAUGAUAAACGCUAUUUGGCGGAGAGCUUUGCGUCGUCCGGAGACUAUUUUCGCGACAUACUCAGCGACGAUGACGAACCAAACAUGUUGAAUUACGGAAUAGAACUCACUAGGCCGGCUCGCCAUAUGAAGCUUUGGUUCACAUUGAGGGUUUUGGGACUAGAAACCUUGGGGGGAUUUGCAGAAGCCGAGUUGAGAAAACUACCAGAUUGGGAAAUCACCUCACCUGCGAUACUGGGGGUGGUUACUUUUAGGUAUUGCCUCGAUGGGUUAGACGAAAAAGUGAACGACGACAUCAAUGCUGCCAUCUCCCUGGAGAUAAUAAAGAGCAAUGUUGCUUAUAUCCAAACUACUCGAAUUUGCAGCAAAGUUAGCUUGCGCAUUUGCGUUAUCCACCCUGAGAUAACAAAGGGUGAUAUGCAAAACAUAAUUACCACUUUGAACAAUCUCGCGUUAAACGUCGUUCAAACAUAUAAGUAA